AUUGACCCGUCCGUGAAUGGUCUCGUCCACUACCAUAUAUUGCGGUUCUUUCGUUUGGAUAUUUCAGUCUGAGUAGUGAACUGGGACACUUCUGUGAAUGCAUACUGGUCUGGCAAAGACUCUACAUCGUAACUGCUUUUCCCUCACAUACACAAGACAAGAUUGAUAUCCAGGAGGACAGUUGCUGGUGUAGAAGCAGUUCACAUAAAAGCCAAACUACAGAGAAGUUCCAGACUGUAGCAGGAUGGCCUGGGGUGUGCCGGCAGGGUACCAGGGCCUCCAGUCUGAGGAGGAAGAACUGGAGAUGGUCCUGAGACUGUCCAUGCAGGAGACAGAGCGAGCCAACCUGCGCGCAGCUCUGCUACUGUCUGCGGAGGAGGCUGGGGUUGAGGCUGAGGAGGUUCUGACCACGCCCGAGGAGUCGUUACCUGGACUGUCUGACCAGGAGAACAGCGAUGAUGAGGACAGGAUAGGAGACAGAGGGAUGGACUUUACAGAAGUGUACGAGGACACCUGCUCCACAGCUGCAGUUGUUGUGAGGUUAGGAGACACCAACGUCCUGACAGGCCUCAUUGAGAAUGACAGGGACCUGGAAGUGCCUGACAACAGAGGCUGGAGGCCCCUUCAUGAGGCGGCACAUGCAGACCAACAGGACUGCCUGAAAAUGCUGUUAGAUGCUGGAGUAGAGGUGAAUGUACGGAACUAUGAAGGAGAAACACCCCUGUACCUGGCAGCUGAGAAGGGCCACGUGGACUGUAUGGUACUGCUCCUGGAGGCUGGGGCUGAUCUGGAGAUACCAAAUAAUGAGGAGGCCACGCCUCUACUGAAAGCUGUGGAGGUGGGCAGCAGGGAGGUGGUACAGCUGCUGUUGGACCGUGAUGUCAAUGUGAACAGCAAGUUCUGUAACGGCUGGGCUCCUCUGCAUGAGGCAGCGUCCCAGGGACAGGCAGACAUAGUACAAUUGCUGGUGGAUCAUGGUGCCCAGCUGGACAUCAGGGAUGAGUAUGGGCGGACUGCUGUGUUUGUGGCAGCCCAGUACGGCAAGCUGGAAUGUCUGCGCAAACUUCUGGAUGAGUCGGGUGAUGACCUGGUGAACACGAGGACAGAAGACGGGGCGUCGCCCCUGUACCUGGCUGCCCAGGAGGACCACCUGGACUGUGUACAGCUGCUGCUACAGAGGGGUGGGGAUGCCAACAUGCCGACUGAUGCAGCUGCUCUGCCUAUACACAUCGCUGCAGAGAAGGGGAACUACAGUGUGUUAGAACAUCUUAUUCCGGUGACAACCCAAGAAGCCCUGGACCGAUGUGGUAUGAGUCCGAUACACUCUGCCGUGGAGGGUGACCAACCAGAGUGCCUUCAGCUCCUGAUCAACCACGGCUUUGAUGUGAACUGUCAGCUGUCCUGGACCUACAGCAAGUCAUUUGAGGACAGAAGACAGACCCCGGUGUAUUUUGCUGUGGACAACAACAGUGAGGAGUGUGUGAGGAUCCUCCUGGAAGCCGGGGCAAACCCAAACCUAGACGAGAUCAACUGUCUUCUCAUGGCCCUGAGGCACAAAAACUUCAACAUCACCAAGAUGCUGAUAGAGCAUGGAGCAGACUGUAACUCCAACUUUGUCAUCAACACAGGACUGUUUCCCUCCACUAUUGCAUUUGCUUAUGAAGAUGAGCGACUUCUGAAGCUUGUGUUGGAUGGAGGGGCACAGGCAGAUACAUGCUUCUUAUGCAGCAUUGGAAAUGGCAGACACCCAGUUAAAUGGAUGACAGCCACCAUCAAUGACACCCAGUUCUGUGAAUACGCCUCUCUUCACUCCAACAGACAAAGAGCAGGGACGAUGGUGCGACUGCUGCUGGACUAUGUGGGGAACGUCCAGCUGUGCUCCGUGCUGAAGGACUGUGUCCAGGACAAACCAGAAUGGGCUGACAUCCAGAAGAUUUCAGGUAACCCCCGCCCCCUGGUGCACCUGUGUCGCCUGGCCAUCCGCCACACCCUGGCGCAGGGCGGACACCUGUCGGAGGUGCUGAAGCUGCCCCUCCCCCAGGUCAUGACACGCUUCCUCCUGCACAAGGACACAGCGUACAGGCUGUAGCUCCUCAUGUAGUGGAGCAGCCAUACACGUACAUAUGCAGAGGAAGUACAGGACUGGGUUUUGCACAUGGUAGCUUACAGUGUACUCACUAGUACUGUAACUCCACAGGAGAAGCACUUUUCUCAGUACAUUGCACUUGGUAUGAGGUAUUAAGACUGGCUGGUUGAGAUGGUAGCUCUCAGUGUACUAACUCCACAAGAUGAACACUUGUGCAUGAGUAUAGACGAGCUACACAUCUCCUAGUACAGUGCUCUUGGCUGUAGAGGUUGCAGAGGCCUGGCCAGAGGACAUGGUAGCUCUUGAGUGAUACCUGUCUGACAGGAUGGACACAGCAAUAAGUUUUGGAGAGCAGAGGGAGCUAGUCUGUUCUGCAGUAUUGGGCUGGGUGUUGAACAUGGUACUUUUCAGUAUAACAGUAUAGUGUGCAGUCAUCACACUCAAGGUUUAAUGGAGAAGUACCCAACAGGAUGGUAGACAUGGUGGAUUACAGUGUAUCAACUGAAACUGUGCAGGACAGCCAUGUAUGUACAUGACAAGAUAUCUCAGCACAGUGUACUUAGUGUGAACUGGUGUUAGCUCAGUUUACUGACUGCAGAGCAACACUUUGUGUUAAUUGCAUCAGACUAAAACUACACUUGAACUUUAAGUUGAAGGGCUGGUUGGUGGACUUGUUACAUGUCUAACUAAUGGCAUGGUGUCUAUACUAAAACCUGUUGCAAUGUCUGUUACCAGUAUUGAUGGCACAUCCAUCAGACAAGGGCACAGUGCCCACAGCUGGUAAUGGUUAGACAUGCCAGAGGCUGAAGGUUAUGAUAUACUGGUAGAGUUUUGAAACUGGUGUAGUUCUGCAGUACUGCACCUUGUUAGCAGGAGUGGCAGAGUUGACUUGUUGAAGGUCAAGAGAGGUUAAAACAUGAGUACUGUGAAAAAAGUGUUCUUCUAUAUAGUAAAAAAUGUACUAGCUGUAUUAAGUUUUGUGCAGGAGUAUGUUUCUGUAUAUAUAUUUGUGUUUCAUCUAAUGGCACACAAUAUCCUACUUUGCACAACAUGUAUAUGUAUAUGAAAUUAUCAAUAGGUUUCAUUGACCUGUCAUUGCCAAGUAAUAACAUUGUAUCAUGUAUUCUUAAAACUAUUUUGUAUCUAGUCUGCAGCAAAGUAUGUAUAUCUGUAGCAAUGUAUUUAUUUAAAGAAAUCUGAUGGAAAUUGAAAUGUUAUGUAGUGUAGGGUUUGAGAAAUGUUAGAUUCAGUUUGAGAAUAAGGAUUAUUGGCAUGUUAUCUCAUGCAUAGGUGUUUAUAGAGCACACUUAACGGACAUAGCAAAAGUUAUUACCACAGAUACAUGGUUACUAUAGUAAGGAAGCAGGCCAUACCACGGUCAAUCUUAGGGACCACCAAAAUGUGGUCACAAUGGCCAGGUUGUCCUUAUGUUGAAGUGGUUGCUCGUAUAGGCAUUACGGUGCCUGCAUUUUGCACACAAGAUUUUAUGAGUUUUAUUCACAAAGUUGACAUUGAAAGUAUGAGGACAGCCUGAGAGUCAGUAAGUCUUGUGUGAAAAUUUUACGCUUUCAGAUGAAGCUGUGCGUGGCACCUCUGUAGCAAGUUGUGAGACUUUGUAAAGAUGAUGAUACCUUUGCCAAGCAAGACAGCAAUUUUGUGGAGCCAAAAUAUUCUCAUACAUUGCAAUGUUAUAUUUUCUUAUGAAAGUUACAGGAAGUAUAUACUGUAAUACAUUUAUAAAAAUGUAUAUGCUUUUUGGAAGCGUUGCAUAGAUAUUGCUGGAACAUUGGAUGCAGGCAUACAUUGUAAGCACACACUGGAUUGUGUUAUUAAAUAGUACAUGUAUUUAUUUCAGCUCAAUAAAUUCUUUAAGUUUAA